AUGUCUCUUGAUUAUCAAGCAGCAAAUCAGCUUGGCUCUACCACACAACAGCACAGUUCAAUUACGUUCACGUUUCUGGAUAGCAGUCGUCGAGGAGCUGACCAUCGACUCAACGUAAUCGUAUCAAGGCUUAUAUUGGAACAUGUCAGGACACUAGGAGAAGUACCAUCGUCUAUCUUGGAGGAAGGAUUUGGACCCGAGGUCCUCUGUGAUCGUGAAUACACGUGCAACGAGAAAUCUCCCUACCGGACAGCCGAUGGACAUUGCAACAACCUCGUAUACACCUCGUGGGGAAGGUCGUUUAUUCCUAUGAGACGCUACCUGCCUCCGGUAUAUGAUGACGCUGUGUCUAGCCCAAGACAGAACAGCACGUCAGGAGUGGAACUGCCCAGUACUCGUACAGUCAGCACCACCGUCCACCCUCCUUCAUCAGCAGAAGACCUUCAUCCCCUUUUCACAGUCAUGCUGAUGCAGUGGGGUCAGUUCCUGGACCACGACAUCACCAGCACACCCAUUCAAGAGCUGACGCAUCCUGGAUCCCCCGUGGAGCAGCUGAACCAGAUUACAGCCUACGUAGACGCUUCACAGGUGUACGGGUCGUCACAGGACGAACAGAACUCACUACGGACAUUUGUUGACGGGAAACUUAGAACUGCAGCCAACGACUUUCUGCCACCUGACUUGGAGAAUGAAGGAGCUUGCAGGACUCAGACUACACCAGAUUAUUGCUUCCUCGCUGGUGACCAUCGGGCGAAUGAGAAUCCUGGACUUCAGAGUAUGCACACUAUCUUCGUGAGGGAACACAACCGUUUAGCCAGCAGACUAAAGGAACUGAACUGUCACUGGGGAGAUGAAAGACUCUUCCAGGAAGCCAGGAAGAUAGUUGGAGCAUAUGCACAGAAAAUCACGUAUGGCGACUUCUUGCCUGUCAUCAGCGGAGAUCAGAUGGACCCGCACAACUUGAGUCUCGUGCCAGUAGGAUACUCCAACGUCUACGAUAACACAACCGACGCAAGCAUCAGGAACGUCUUUGCAACAGCAGCCUUCAGGAUGGGACACUCAAUGGUCGGGUCAUUCCUUGCAAGUUACAGUCCAGACUAUGACAACCUCGGGCAAACACCUCUGAGUGAAGCGUUCGACAAUACCCAUCUUAUUAUCAGCGAGGACAAUCGAACCAUUGGUGGCUUUAUAAGAGGUUUGGUUACAGAAUGUGUACAGUCUGUAGACUGCAAGAUAUCGCAAGAGUUGACCGACAACCUUUUCCCUGAUGGGAACAGGAGUUUGGACGUUGCAGCUCUUAAUAUCCAGAGAGGAAGAGAUCAUGGCUUACCCCCUUACACAGUUUGGAGGACGUUCUGUGGAAUGCCAGUUGCUGGUAAUUUUGACGAUCUGAUAAAUACGACCCAUUCUAACGCCACAGUGAACAAGUUGAGGAUGGCCUACGACGACGUUCACGACAUCGACCUAUUCUCUGGGGCUAUAAGUGAAGAGCAUGUAUCGGGAGGGCUUGUAGGACCAACGUUCGCAUGCCUUCUGGGGCAACAGUUCCAGGCUCUCAAGGAAGGAGACAGAUACUGGUUUGAGGAAGAUAAUGACUACGUUAGAUUCUCUCCCGGUUAG